CUCUGCAGAUCGUUUGAAGCGCGGCCGCUCGUGUCACCGCCCUCCGACAACCUUGCGUACUUCACCCACCGAAAACAUGGCCGACAAGACGCCGAAGGAGUCCGGUGCUCGCUUUGCGACCCGGAUAGAACCGAUGAAAGAGGAUAUCUCCCAGGGACAGAUGUACUUCAUGCGGCAUGUCGAGCUCGACCAGUGGAAGAAGAAAACGCAGAAGCUGCGGACGCGAAAUGUCGUCACAGGAAUCGCCAUUGGAGCGCUCGUUAUGGGGAUCUACGCCUACACAUUUUAUUCGGUCUCCCAGGAGCGGGUCAUGGAUGAAAUGGACGAAGAGGCCAAGCGCACAAGACUGCAGGGACCGAAGACCGGGGUCAACUGAGAUGCACGCGUUUGGACUGUGUGUCUGUCCUGCACUUCACCGAGUAGGGAGUUAUGUGGACUCUGGUGCCACCGAUUUAUAUUCCAUUGGUGGCCGCUGUUUUUCCAUGUUGAGACAGCGGCAGACUUUGUUUUGUCUUGAUUGUGAAUGUGAGGUUCUGUUCCACUGACUUGAAAACUGCGUGUUGAUUUUGAUUAAGUUUGCUCUUCAGCAGAAGGGACUACUCCACUGAUCUUACAUGCUUUCCAGAAGGCCAGACCAUAUUGUCAUUACCAUCCUUAUCAUGUGACACGCAGUUUAAGGGGGCUAAUGAGGUCAAAUCUACAGAGGCUUUUAAGAGCAGAGAAACUGCUAAAAUGACACACGGAUAACCUGUUGGAACCUCUUUGCCUAUAAAGUAAUAAUGUGUAAAAUAAAACUAAAGUAUUGGA